UGCAGGCUACCCAGGGCCCCAGCCAUGGCAAAGAGCGGACUUGUAGUCUGCCUCCUGGUGAUCAGCUUGCUCCUGGACCAGGCCAGCAGCCACUCAUCCAGACUGAAGUCCAGAAAGCACAGCAAACGCCGUGUGAAAGAAAAGGAUGGAGAUCUGAAAUCUCAAGUUGAAAAACUCUGGCGAGAAGUCAAUGCCCUGAAGGAAAUGCAAGCUCUCCAGACAGUCUGUCUCCGAGGCACGAAAGUUCACAGGAAAUGCUACCUGGCUUCAGAAGGCCUGAAACACUUCCACGAGGCCAAUGAGGACUGCAUUUCCAAAGGGGGGACCUUGGUGGUCCCGAGGAACUCUGACGAGAUCAAUGCCCUCCGAGACUAUGCUAAGAGAAGCCUGCCUGGGGUCAAUGACUUUUGGGUGGGCAUCAAUGACAUGGCCACAGAAGGCAAGUUUCUUGAUGUCAAUGGAAUGGCUGUCUCCUUCCUCAACUGGGACCGUGCACAGCCCAAUGGUGGCAAGCGUGAAAAUUGCGUCCUGUUCUCCCAAUCGGCUCAGGGAAAAUGGAGUGAUGAGAUCUGCCGUACCAGCAAGAAGUACAUAUGUGAGUUUACCAUCCCUUAACAGGCUCUUCGCAAAUGUGUCUCACUCAAGCAAGAGUGGGCAUGAUUUAUGAGCUGGCGGUCCCCAGGAAUAAAUCAAAGUUGUAAUUAUUGCACGAUGGCAACAUGUUGGUCAAAGCCCACGGUAAGACACAAUCAGACAAUGGGGCUAUCAUAUUUCAUGGUGGUUUUGCUCAAGACAUCAGGAAAUAAUAAGCGUACUACUAAAGAUACUUUUGCAAAAGGAGGUCUCAAAUCCUCCUCCCUCUUUCCUUGUCCCUGUCACUCAUGUAGGCAUAGUCUGUUUUAGAAAUACAAUGCUCAUGCAUUUCUUCAAUGUGAGAAAGCAAGCUUAGGUUACCUGAAAGAUAAUGCCUUAGGAAAUUAGUCCAGUCAUGGAUGGCUCAAUCACAGGGAUAUAGUCUAAUAAGAAAGUGUCAUCUGGCCAUCUUGUUACUGCAUCAACGUCAUAGCAUUGGCAUAGAUCAAACCCUUAAUGUGGUUUCUACAUGCAAAAUAAGAGGUGCUGGUAGAGCGCUUGCCUUGAGCUGCGCCCAAGCCCAGAGUUCAAGCCCCAUAAAUAAAUAAAUAAAUAAGAGGUGCUGUAAACACAAGAUAUAUUAAAGCCUUCUGUUGGUGUAACCUGGAAGGUUUUUAGCAUAAGCUUCUUUAUAGAAAUGUGAUCACACAAUAAGUACAAAUUUUUUUUAAAAAAAGCAAUAAAAAGUAUAGUAUAUUGUCAGCUUCCUAUCCAUAUAAGGAAAUGCUUGAUACAGAAUCCCUAUGACACCAAAGAGAGUUUCUUUAGUUCAUAAUUUCGGUGGCUCAACAUUAAGACUGGACAACCUGGCAGGACCCUGUAGGUGGUACUUAGAUUGCUGAGGGUGUGCCCUUGAAAGGGC